AUGGAUUCCAAGGAUGUUAAUGGUUGCAUCAUGGAUAAGCACAAACCUGUGAUGGCUUCUUCUUUGGGGAGUGAAAAGGUUGAAGAUCACGUCAACGGAGAUGAUGAUAGUGAUUCCAAUGCUUUGUUGCCUCCUCGGAGAGGUGGCAUGUCCAGAAACUCUGACAAGACUCGCCGGAAAGUACAAUGGAAUGAUAGGAAUGGAAACAAACUUGCUGAAGUGUUGGAGUAUGAGCCUAGGAAGGCCAAUGCUGAGGAUGUGUUGGAGCUGGUCCUAUGCUGGUGGGUUAAGAAGUGUCUUGAAAACUGGAAGGAUUAUACAGAGAGGAGAGAACAGUGA